AUGAUAAUGCCAUCAAGUAUGUCGACUGAAGCCGCCUUGUUACCGAACGAAAGUGUCUUUGAGACAGUUUCAUCAUUCAGUGAAGACGAUGCCAAUUAUAGCGUUCUUGAUUUAUACGAUGACGAUGAUGAAAAAGAUGAUAGUUCUUUAGUAGAACGAAAAGAAAUAUUGACAACACGUGAGCUUGAAAAAGCGAAGGCAUUUACUAGCUUAGUCAUGGCGGAUCCUGAGAAUUUUGAUAGAUAUGGAUUUAGCAAGAAAGGUUAUUUCAUGAGUCAGGAAGAAUAUGACAAAUGGUGGGCUGAAUAUAGUCGAUACACCGAGAGAAGAAAAAAAAAGUGGGAGAACUAUUUGUCUAAGAAUAGGAUUGAACUCCACAAUGACAAUCCUCUGGUAUAUCCUGCAAGGACGGAAGAAUUGUCAAAAUUUGUUAGAAAAGGUUUACCAGCAGAAUGGAGAGGGAAUGCGUGGUGGUAUUUUGCUGGUGGACAACAACAAUUAGACGCUAAUAUUGGGGUUUAUGAUAGAUUGAAAAGUGACUGCCGCAAGGGCGCUGUAUCCGGUAAAGAUAUGGAAGCUAUAGAAAGGGAUCUUUAUCGAACUUUUCCUGAUAAUAUACAUUUCCAUAAGGAGUCCUUCCAGAAUGGAGAACCAGCAAUAAUCCGAUCGUUGCGUCGAGUAUUGAUGGCUUUUUCUGUUUAUGAUAAGGCUAUUGGAUAUUGCCAAUCAAUGAAUUUUCUUGUUGGCCUGCUAUUAUUGUUCAUGGAAGAAGAGAAAACGUUUUGGAUGUUGGUUAUUAUUACCACUAAGUAUUUACCUGGCGUGUAUGAAUCUGAUUUAGAGGGUGCGAAUGUAGAUCAAGGGGUGUUAGUGUUGUGUAUCAGGGAAUAUUUACCUGAAAUAUGGUCACACAUUGAGUCAUCGUAUAUGAACGGCAAUGGCAGCACUGACCAGGUGUCGGAACCAAAAUCAGGUGAAGAGUAUCUCUGCAGGUUGCCUACCCUGACCUUAUGUACGGCAAGUUGGUUUAUGAGCUGUUUUGUGGGCGUGGUGCCUAUUGAAACGACUCUGAGAAUAUGGGACUGCUUAUUCUAUGAAGAGUCUCAUUUCUUAUUCAAAGUAGCUUUGGGGAUAUUGAAAUUAAGCGAAAGCGAGUUUUUGGAGAGCAAAAGCCAGAAACUGUUCCGACAGUACUCUUCGUACACAUUCGGUAGUAGUAAUGACUCUGACUCAACUUUCAAAAGACUGAAGAACAAGAUUAAAACGCAGGAAGAGGCAGAUAUGGAGAUUUUGCAGGUGAUUCAAAACUUUCCAAAAAGGUUGCUCAAUCCGAAUGAUAUUUUCGAGAAAGUGCUGAUGAAGAAGAAGGUUCCGUUAAAUAACAUCACCCAGGAAAAGAUUGAUCGCGGCAGAGAAUAUGUGGCGAUGGCGAGAAACAGGCAAAAGGCGAGUAGCCGCCCAAGAGAAAGAAGAGAAUAA